CACCAGCGAGCAAAGAAGUAGCUCGAACUCGCUACAAGAUGUCCUUCACUAUCACUCGCAUCGAGACAGACUUGGGCACUCCCGGAUCUGCAGCCUUCGUCGAGGUACAGCUCAACGAUCUUGCAGAUUACCCACUAGUCACACCGCCGGCCACUGCGAUCGUUUCCGCCAAGUAUCAGUCCUACGCCCAGCAGGUACGAGACUUUCAGGUGUACGAGGAUGACGUUUGGAUCGUUACCUUCCCAAAGUGUGGCACCACCUGGACACAGGAGAUGGUCUGGCUGAUCGAUAACGCACUGGACUAUCAAACGGCACGUGACAUCAACAUUAACACAAGAUCCGUGUUUUUGGAAAUCGGAGCCGUUGCUGAUCGCAUACCGGUGGAUACGGUCACUGCGACGGCUAAUUUGAAGCGUCCACGACACAUAAAAUCACACCUACCGUUACCGCUGCUACCACGCCAACUGUGGACCGUGAAACCGAAGAUUGUGUAUGUGACGCGCAACCCGAAGGACGUGGCAGCAUCGUAUCUACAUCAUUAUCGAAUGAUCAUGGGUUAUCGUGGUACGAAGGAAGCCUUUCUCGAUGGGCUGCUCGAGGAUCGGGUUAUGUACUGCCCACAGGUGCGCCAGACACUCGACUUUUGGGCGCUCAAAGACCAACCGAACGUACUUUUCCUCACCUAUGAAGCGAUGAAACGAGAUCUCCGUAGUGUCCUUCCGAGUGUUUGCGAGUUUUUCGGCAAAUCCUACACCGAUGCUCAGCUCGACGAGCUCGCCGAACAUUUAUCAUUCGACCAGAUGAAAAAAAAUCCAGCUACAAACAACGAUCAGAUCGUGCGCAACGCUAUGAGAAUGAACGGCCGUGAAGGGGAACAUUUUGAGUUUAUGAGAAAAGGAAUCAUCGGAGACUACAAGAACGAACUGUCGGAGGAGUAUAUUGCCAAGUUUGAUCGCUUCAUAGAGGAACAGCUAGCAGGAAGUGAUUUUAGAUACGGUGCUUAAGCGAUGUCGUACAGGAAUCUCUUUUUAAAUCUCAUAUUUUUUAAAUAAACAGUUUUUUUAUCGCGCAAACAGUCAAGAAUUGCAUUUUGCUCUUUCCAACGGGUAAGCGCUAACCAAGUUUAUGAUCGCGUAGUUAUAGCGAAUGCAACGCACAAUAUUCGAGCUGAACCAUUGGUGGGGAA